GGCCGCUGCACGGCGCCUCCCAGGCCCUCCCUGCGCUCCCCACCCCUUCCCUCCGCGCGCCGCGCCGGCCCCGACAGAAGCGGCCCGAGCCGCGCCGGCCGAGCAGGCCCGACGCGCACCCAGGACCGGGGCCGCCGCCCUCCCCGUCUCCCUGCGGCGGCAUCGGCGCCCCGCUCCCCAGGAGCAGCACGCGGGCGGCCCGGACGGCCCGAGGAGGCCGGCCGCCCGCGGCCACGUCCCGGCCCGGCCCAGGCGCGCGGAGGAGCGGAGCCCGGGGCCGGCGCUCGCUCGCACUCCCUCCCGGACGCGCCGGCGCCGCAGCCUCGAGGGCCUGCGCCUCCCCCGGCCGGAGCCUCCCGCGGCGCCCGGCAGCUUCCCUCCGCUCCUGCCGCGGGGCGCGAGCCCCCAUCAGGUCCCCCCGGCGCGGCCCCAACAUGCUGGACGGCCUGAAGAUGGAGGAGAACUUCCAAAGCGCCAUCGAGACCUCGGCCUCCUUCUCCUCGCUGCUGGGCAGAGCGGUGAGCCCCAAGUCUGUCUGCGAGGGCUGUCAACGGGUCAUCUCGGACAGGUUUCUGCUGCGGCUCAACGACAGCUUCUGGCAUGAGCAGUGCGUGCAGUGCGUCUCCUGCAAAGAGCCCCUGGAGACCACCUGCUUUUACCGGGACAAGAAGCUCUACUGCAAGUACGACUAUGAGAAGCUGUUUGCCGUCAAAUGCGGGGGCUGCUUCGAGGCCAUCGCGCCCAACGAGUUUGUUAUGCGGGCCCAGAAGAGCGUGUACCACCUGAGCUGCUUCUGCUGCUGUGUCUGCGAGCGGCAGCUCCAGAAGGGGGACGAGUUCGUCCUCAAGGAGGGGCAGCUGCUCUGCAAAGGGGACUACGAGAAGGAGCGGGAGCUGCUCAGCCUGGUGAGCCCAGCGGCGUCAGACUCCGGCAAAAGCGAUGAUGAAGAAAGUAUUUGCAAGUCAGCCCAUGGGACUGGGAAGGGAAGUGCUGAGGACGGCAAGGACCACAAGCGCCCCAAGCGCCCCAGAACCAUCUUGACGACCCAACAGAGGAGAGCGUUCAAGGCCUCGUUUGAAGUGUCCUCCAAGCCCUGCAGGAAGGUAAGGGAGACCCUGGCUGCAGAGACAGGGCUGAGUGUCCGGGUCGUCCAGGUGUGGUUCCAGAACCAGAGAGCUAAGGUGAAGAAGCUGGCCCGGCGGCAGCAGCAGCAGGAACAGCAGGGCGGCCGGAGGCUGAGCCCGGCUCAGACAAAUGGUGGUGGGAGUGCUGGGAUGGAAGGCAUCAUGAACCCCUACACGGCUCUGCCCACCCCGCAGCAGCUUCUGGCCAUUGAGCAGCGUGUCUACAGCUCCGAUCCCUUCCGACAGGGCCUCACCCCACCCCAGAUGCCUGGAGACCACAUGCACCCCUACGGUGCUGAGCCCCUUUUCCACGACCUGGAUAGUGACGACACUUCCCUCAGUAACCUGGGUGACUGUUUCCUAGCAACCUCAGAAGCCGGGCCCCUGCAGCCCAGAGUGGGAAACCCCAUUGACCACCUCUACUCCAUGCAGAAUUCGUACUUCACCUCUUGAGUCUUCCCCAAGAGUGCUGUGGCUGGGGGCCUCUGUGUGGAACAACCCUGUUGCAUGAGGGGCGGCUGGCUUUAGGACGGGGAGGUCAGGGAGGGGGGAGGGGGGGCGGGAAUGCUGUUGUGCAACCAUACGGUGUAGUUCGGCAUUUCCAAAGACUGAACGCAUUAUGAAGUGCAUAGUUUAAUGUUUCUAAUAAGAGUCUUAGUGUUAGGUAUGAAGAUGUGUUUAUCACUGAGGACAGAGAUUUGAAUAUUCUCAUGUAAACUAGAUAACUAGAGACCCCAACAGCUUCCCACCGUUUGGAGGAGGCUCUUGUUAAGAGGUGCAUAUGUCUACCCAUCCAUAUACCCAUAGACAGACAGACAGACAGACGUGUGCGUGAGUGUGUAACCAUUCAUACUUUGUCAUCAAAGUUUAUUCCUCACUGUAACAGGCACCAAACUGUACAGCAAAAGUAAUUUUAUUUUCAGUGUGAACUAUAUUUAAGGAAAUGCUUGAUGCACUUAAGUUAUAAAAUGAGAUAAUUUACUUUUAGAAACUUUAUUUUUAGUGUGAAGAGAGUUGUCUACAGGGCAUGGAGGGCUGCUCCACCUCUGCCGGUAGCGCUGAGGACUUGAGCUAAUUCUGUUUUUGGAGAGUGUGGCUGGCAGCGUUCUCGUCGGGGCUCACUCUCCCUGGGGUUGGAUCCCUGGGCUCGGGUGGGGCAGAACAACCCCCGGUCAUGGUCUCAGAAAAUGCAAAGCCUAGACUUUGGCUUUCUUUUAAAUUCUGACACGGGCUUGGCGGGCUGCACUAGGAAAGUCAGUUCUACUGUGGACCUUAAGCAUCUGCGAGUGUGGAAUGAGGCUGAUCAUAUGUACCUACCUCACUUGGGGGACCCCGAGGCCGAACUCACGCCUGGACACAUGAGCGGGACUGAGACUAAGAGCUGGUGCUUGCUUCAAAUACACACAGACAGUCACUGGGCAAAGGAGGAAGCAGGGCUGCAGAGCAGAAGGGCUCCUUGCGCCGAGGCGGAGGGCAGCUCUACCCACCGCGGUGCCUUCUGCAAAGCCUGGGCUGCAGAUUAUAGCCCGGGAGAGCUCAGGGGGUGUUGGAGGCCUUUGGUGGGGAGGAGGCGAUGGAGGAGGGCACCAUGGUGGUCCAGACCACCAGGGCUUGGCAAACUACAGCCUGCAGGCCUGUGUUUUAUGGCCUGCCAGCUAAGAAUGGUUUUCUACAUUUUUAAGGGUUGUAAAAAAUGGAAAAGAACAGAAGCAUAUGUGACAGAGUGUAUGUGGCCCUGGAAGCCUGAAAUAUUUACUAUCCAUACUGUCUGGCUCUUCUCAUAAAAUGUUUGUGGGCUCCUGUUCUACAGGGUCUGCUUCUAAACAGCCUCCUGGAGCUCGUAGAGGCAGAGGGACUCCAGGUGGAACCCCAGGCCUGCUCUUUCCAGCCUGCUUUGCUGACCUUGAGCACGGAAACCCAGCUGCCGUUGCACACAGGGACGGUCCCCCACCCUGGUCUCCACUGUGGUGCUAGGACGGGCUCCUUCUGUGCUGGGGGCUCCCGUAUGGAAGCGGAGCUGGCAGGGAAGGCGGAGGCCAGCCUGGACUCUAUGCGGGUGGCUCGGGCUCAGCCUCACCCCUGGUGUGUCUUUGGCUUCAGAGUCCUGGACGCAGAGGCCCUUCCCCUCUCACUCCCUGCAAAGCCAGAGGGAACACCCCUCCCAUGGUAGGGUCUGCAUUGUGUGAUUUCUGUGCUCUUGUUUAUAACUUGUGCAAACCACCAAGACACCCAGACCAGUCUGGUGAGUGAAAACCAUGCGGUGCCAUGUGGCUCUGCAAGCUGCCGAGCUAAAGGCCAUUGGAGAAUGAACACAGCAGAUAUUAUGUGAGUGAGCACCAUAGAGACCCUUCUUCCUCUCCUUAAUGGCGUGCCAAGAUGAAAUUAAAAACCUCUUACAAAUGAGCUGUUGUUUAUUCAGGGGCAGGGAUGGUGGGUACACAACCAGGGGGACGUGGGUGUUUGUCAACAGGGGCAUGGGGAUGAGCUUACAGUGAAGUGUGGCAGAACCUAAGGGGGAAGGGGUCUUCAGCCUCCAGCCAGGGUGAAUUUGAAGAUUCAGCCUUUACACACUCGCGCAGAAGGAGGUGCUGGAAUCAUCCCACCCUCGCCGUCUAGCUCCCUCCAGGCAGAGGAGUUUGCAGCUUGCAUUGUGAGAACCUUGGCUUGGAAAGCAGAGCAGAGCCACGGAGCAGGAGACAUCCCUCGUGGUGGCCCGGAGACAGGUGCCUGGCCAGGAUGGGGGAGCGUGGCAACAGGCAGUGGUCUCCCGGAUAGGUCCUCCCCGUGUUCUCACCAGCUGUAGGUGGGAUGUGUGCGUGGGGGAUUAUUAGAGCUCUAAGGAAGUAAGGAAACAAUGUGAAUGGAAAACCACAGAACCAGGGCCGAGACGGGCAUCCUUUGCUGUACGUCCCCCCCCACCCCGUGUCAGAAGCCGGCUGGGCCUGGAAGGAGGGGUGGAAGCAGUGAGGCCGGGCCAGCAGGAGGGUCUACCUCAGGCGGGCCUCCCCUGGGCCGGCCCGGGUUCUGCCUCUAGUUUCCAGAGAGCAUCUAGGCGCGGGAGCCUUACCCUCACUGCUUGCCCGGCUGCCGGCCACUUACCCUGCAGGUUAGCCCAGGCGCGGCCUUCUGGAGGAAGCCCGCAAAGCCGGGCCAGGGGCCUGGGCGCAGUAACUGGUGACAGACACCCACCUCAACAAAGAAUCCCCCGAAGAAUCCCACGUAGAAUGAUACCCGUCUCGUGGCUGCCAACAUUUCACAGGCAGUUGGUUGCUUCCGUCCUCCUCCUCUGUCUCCCCUUCUAGCAGAAAGGGCACGUCCAGCGGCAAAUCCCAGCUCUACUCUGCACUGUGGCCGCAGGCAAGUGGCUUCCCUCGGCUGAGUCUCUGAGCCCUUGUCCUCAGUACAGGCUUGGGACUUGGCCACAGGACCUCAGAGGGUUUAGGAGGACACGGGAGAUGACGCACGUCGAGCACUUAGCUCUGUUUUGGGCACACGGCGCGUGCCCAACGUGUGUGAGCUGCCCCCUGCUCUUGGCUUGGGCUUUGCUGAUGAAGGGUGCUGGGGAGUCCCAGACUAUAUUUGAGGGAAAAGAAGAGCCCGCUCCCCCUGAGAUGAGCCUGGGUCACCUCAUUUAUUUCUUACUGUUGACUUGUUUAAGUCUGUCUCAGUGUGGGUCUUGGACAGCCCGAUUCUCAAUUGUGGGGCAGUGCCUUGGUUUUUGAAGGCAUGCAGAUAAAAUUCCAAUUUGAAAGACACAUUAGGAACUCUGACCUCCAAGAAACAGGUCGUAGGAGAUUUCUCCAGCCACCUGUUGUCCCCUUAGGGCUUAGACGUCAGGGCUGAGAGAGAUUCAAAGCCUCGGACCCAGAGGCUGAACCUUUCCUGAAUGGGCGAGUUUGGAAUUGACUUAACCUGAGUCAAAAAUGGGAAGAAAGUACUGACUUCAUCAAUUCCAAACCCAAAGACAAAGUAAAGUUUUAACUGAACUGCAAGUAAAAUCAAAGUAUUUCUCUCUUUCUCCCUCCCCACCACUCCAGUAAAAAUACAAAUACAUUCUGUCAGUCCAAAUUGGGAUAAAAACGGACAGGAUUUAAUUAGAAUAAAAACCAAAUGAUCACAUUGUUUUCCUCAAACUCUGUUUAUCGUGUUGCAACAUGAUGUUUAAUGACAUGAAGGGGAUAGCUAUCUUCAGAGCUCAGAAGGAGGCCUUGAGAGGUUUAUGCUAAAAAUAUUCUCCCUCCAAACAUGGACAAUGUGGAGAAUCAGAGAUUCCAUGGCCUUGAGGUUUAUGUCAUAUUUGAAGUCCCCUGGAUGUGUAAUCUUGAGCCAGGCUCUGAGCCUCCAUGUCUUCAUGUAUGCCUGUCUUACAGCUUGGUCCUUGUGAGCGUCAAGGGAAUUAAUUAGGAAAGAUCUUUGUAGACCUUGACAUGUAACACAAGUAGGAGGGCAUCUUUGCAUCUCGGGGGGCACGUGCAUGGCCACUGAGGGGCACAUUGAGGCACCCCUGGGAGCAGUGCAGCAAGGGUGGGCUCCCCCCACAGGUCAGAGUGAGAAUAGCUGAUUUCCUCUCCCAGCUGGGGGUUACCACUGCCUGGUGGGCCUUCUCUCCUCCAAGGGAUGAUUCUGGGAAACAAUCAAGAAGUGGCCCAGUCCCUCGUGGCUGGUGCACUAGCCAUCUGUCUCUGCUUUGAGUCUCCCCUCUACCCGCUCAUGUGCCUGGGAAGGGAGAGGUGGAGUCUGCCCCUGUUUGUGGUAGGAAGGACCCCCCCUUGAGAGUGGUGCAGCUGACCAGUUUACUGGCUCUUUUAGCAGCUUAUUCAUUCAUUGAAGUCAUUCUGUAAGUAUUUAUUGAGCACUAGAAUAUGCCAGCUCUGGGAUGAGUCCUAGAAAUAGAGGUGAGCAGGAAGAGACAUGGCCCUGCCCUCAGAUUACAGCCUAGUGGGGGGCACAGUUGUUAAUCAAAAAUGCUAAUAGGUUUAACUUGCAUUGUAGUAAGAGCCACAGAGGAGACUAAGAGCUGUAAGA